AUCGUUUCAACAUUUCUCCUGUAAACGACUUCAUGCUGCGUUCAGCGGCGAAACAGACGCGACUUCCGCCGCAGCAGCGGCGCGGCGCGGCGCGGCAAAUCUUCGCCGUGUGACGUCUGCAGCGGGGCUAGCAGCGGGGCUAGCAGCGGAGCUAGCAGCGGAGCUAGCAGCGGAGCUAGCAGCGGGGCUAGCAGCGCGUGAAGCCGCGUUACCGGCCCGUUAAGCCGCAGCAGUCGUCUGCUCCUCCCGAGGCGUGUUUGGACCUCCGUGCCGCCCCGGUUCUCUGUUUAAAUGCAAGACUCGUGGAGAUGACCGUCCACCGUGAGAAGGAGCAGAGCACGAGGAGAUGAAUGGAGUGAAGGUGGAAGAAGAAGAAGGAGGAGAGGACGCCGUUGAAGUGUGUUCUCCCACAGGAGAGGGGACUGUCCCCGACACACCGUCCACACCCGGAGAACCGGCACCAAAACCAAGCAGCCGUCAGUCCAAACGCCGGCACUGCUGUUCAGUAUGCGGCAGGGAGUUCUGCCGUCCGUCCCGGCUGCUGGACCACAUGGCCACGCACUCGGGCGACAAACCGCACAGCUGCUCCGUGUGCGGGAAACGCUUCACGAAGAAGAUCAACGUGACGGUGCACCAGCGGGUUCACACCGGCGAGAAGCCGUACUCCUGUCCGGACUGCGGGCUCAGCUACGCCCAGCUGGGCUGCCUGCGGAGGCACCGGCUCCGACACGCCGCCGAGAAGCCGCACCGCUGCUCGGUGUGCGGCCGCGGCUUCAUCCAGCGGCGGCAUCUCGUGCAACAUGAGCGGACGCACACCGGAGAGAGGCCCUUCUCCUGCCCGCUGUGCCCCAAACGCUUUGCCUCCAGGACGGGCCUCAGCGACCAUCAGAAGACCCACGGAGGGCAGAACCUGUACUCCUGCUCCUUCUGUGAGAAGGUCUUCUCCACGCCGUCCUCCUUCAGGGAUCACGUGAGGCUCCACACGGGGCAGAAGCCUCACCCCUGCUCGCUGUGCUGCAAGAGCUUCAACCGACCAGGCCUGCUGAGGAAACAUCUGCAGAGACACGCCGCGGAGAAAGACGCAAUCAAACCCAAAGCUGCAGCCAGCGAGCAGGAAACGCCUCAUCGCUGCUUCCUGUGCCACAAAGACUUCUCCGCCGCUGAGAAGCUGCAGCAGCACCUGCAGCUCCACCAGGCCGUCCUGCAGUGCGACAUCUGCGGCCGAGGCUUCACCCGAGCGUCCCGGCUGAGCGAACACGUGAGGUCUCACACCGGAGAGCGACCGUUCCAGUGCGACGUCUGCAAGAAACGCUUCUCCAUGCAGAGAGUGUUCAGGAAGCACCAGGAGAUCCACAGCAGGGAGGGCCGCCACGCCGCCACCGCCACACCACACGACAAGCUCACAGACGAGCCACUCAGUGACGACGACCUGAGCGGGCUGAAGGUGGAGAGUACGAACGAAGACGAUGAAGAGGACGAGGACGAGGACGAGGACGCGGUGCAUUCACUGACCGACGGCGGUCCUGACGGCGUGCAGAAGCUCCACAGAUGCUCCGUCUGUGGGAAGAGCUACCCGAGGCCGUCCCGCCUCAGAGAGCACUUUAAGGUCCACGCGACGGAGAAGCUGCACCGCUGCACGGUGUGCACGAAGGCGUUCAGCACCAUCACCAACCUGAGAGCUCACGAGAAGAUCCACAUGGCCCACAAACCUCACCCCUGCAGCAUCUGCUCCAAGAGCUUCCUGAGGCCCUGCCUGCUCCGCAAACACAUGAGGAUCCACAUCAGGGACGGACUCAUCACCGACCCCGCAGACCAGGAGUUCUGGUUAAACAUGAAGACUGAAGAUGAGGACGAGGAGGACGAGGAGGACGCAGGUCUGAAUGAGCAGGACUCUGAAGACCUUUCAGCCUCCACCGAGUCCUUCCCCAUCAAAUUCAUGUCUCUGCCUGGUAACCAUGGUGACCAGGACGGCGUGCUGUUGACGGAGGACGGAGAGGAAAGGGAGGAAGGAGACGUCAGCGGUUUGAUAAACUCUGACGGAGAAGAGGAGGACUGGAGGCCAGCGCUCAGCGAACAAGAUGGCCGCCCAGAGGUGCAGGCAGGUGGCAGCGGCGGGAAAAGGAAGCACAGCUGUCCCGUCUGCAGCCGAGACUGCUUCAAGGCGUCGGCGCUGCAGAAGCACCUGAGGAUCCACUCGGGCGAGCGUCCGUUUCAGUGCCCCACCUGCAGGAAGAGCUUCACCCAGCAGGUCCACAUGACGGAGCACCAGAGGAUCCACACUGGGGAGAAGCCCUACACCUGCACCGACUGCGGCAAGAGCUUCACCUUCUCCAGCGCCCUGCGCCGCCACCAGCGCCUGCACACGGACGCCCGGCCGUACGAGUGCGCCGUCUGCCAGAAGACCUUCAAACAGCAGAGCUCGCUCAAGAGCCACCAGCUGACGCACUCCGGCGUCCGCUACCAGUGCCCUCUGUGCAGCAAGAGCUUCAGCCGCGCCCUGGAGCUCACCUACCACGUGGACGUGCACUCCGACACCCGGCCGUACUUCUGCAACAUCUGCAAGAAGAACCUGAGCGGAGCACGGAUCUUCCGCAACCACAUGAAGAAACACGAGGCGUCAAACUCACCGCUGCUGCGAGCAACACCGGAGGACGCGGAGGCCGUCUCAGAGGACGCGGAGGCCGUCUCAGUCCCAGAGGACGCGGAGGCCGUCUCAGUCUCAGAGGACGCGGAGGCCGUCCCAGAGGACGCGGAGGCCGUCUCAGAGGACUGAUGCUGGAGCCAAGAUGUGUGGACUACAAACUGCCCGGCAACCCGUGAUGUCAUGUGAUGUUUUUAUUCAUACAGAGACUUCAGUCAGAUGAUUGUGUGUGUGACUGCUCGUCAGGUCGACCCGUUAACCCAAAGACCCGUUCUGCUGCUGAGUGUGUGUGUGUGUGUCUGUGUGUGUGUGUGUGUGUGUGUCUGUGUGUGUGUGUCUGUGUGUGUGUGUGUGUGUGUGAGGUAGAAAUCACUGGAAGUCUUCACGUUCCAAUAAAGACUGUCUGAAACUGGACUCAGUCUCUGAGACUGUCACAGUUUUCUAAACUAUUAUUAUGUUAUUAAUUAAAAUGUAAAUUUAUAAUUUAUGUAAAACAAAUAAAAACAUUAAAUGAUC